AUGUAUGCUACGGAAGCUGAUCGUGUAACUCAAAUUCCUAAACCGAAAAGUUUGUGGACAGAUGAUGAUAGGAAAAUACGAGAUGGUGAUGAUAAGGCUAAAGCGAUUCUUUCUAUGGCACUUGGUCAGGAUAUCUCUAUCGUAGUUGGAAACUGUAUAAGUGCUCAAGAAGUAUGGAAUGAGCUCAAGAAUUUGUAUGAAGGAAAUGCUGACAUGAAGGCGAGCAGAGUGAACAUGUUGAAUCAACAAUUUAGCUCUGGUGAAACAAUUGAAAAUCAGAUCAGAAGGUUUGUUAAACUGGUCUCGCAGAUGAUAAGUGCUAGUAUCACCAUUACGAAUAUUGGUAUGAAUCGUCAACUUCUAAACUCCUUGCCAAAGAAUUGGGAUGCUGAUGUAGCUAUGAUCAAGCGGACGAAGAAUUUGAACGAUGUCACACUUACUAAACUGAUUGCUAUAAUCAAGUCAUGUGAAAUUGAUAUCAGCAAAGAGACCUGA